GUUCCAGCGGGCGUAGGUGCAGCAGCAGGGAGGUAUGGCGGCAAUCAGGAUACAGGCCACGUGCGGAUGCAGGAAUGUAGGUGCAGCAGCAGGGAGGUAUGGCGGCAACCAGGAUACAGGCCAGAUGCAGAUGCAGCGUCAGACAAGCCGAGUCAGGAUCAAUCGGGCAGAUCAGGUACAAGGGAGCAGGCAAGCGGAUAGUCAGAGGAUAAGCCAGGUCGGUGCAAGCGGAGUUCUUUCGUAGUCAGGGUCAGAUCAGAUACAGGCAUCAGAAUCAGGUUAUGGAGUGCAGGACGUUG